UUAUAGGCUUAUUCCUAAGUGUCCUUCAUAUUUUUACUCAAUCUGUCUAAAAUGCGAUGUUGACAAAGUGCAUGACUGAAUGGCCGGAUCUCUUGGUCUCUGUUGUCUACAUGUUUUCAAAGAAUGUGCUGACACAAUGAAGACAUAUCCAUGCAUUUUUCUAGUUGCUUUGUUGCUAUGGAAACAUGCGAGUGGCGAGGAUUGCAGCAGUGACAUAUUCUUCGCGCUAGGCUACAAAUUGGACGGUCACGUGAUCGAGACCAGGAUCACAACAAAAAAAAAUUGUCGACAGAAUUGUCAUCUCAGCAAUGUCUGUUCAUCUUUCAACUUCAAGCACACAGAGUCACGAUGUGAGUUGAAUGGAGCUAGCUUCAUGACACACCCGAGCCAGUUCAGGCCGGAAGCUGACUCGUUCUACGCUUUGGUAAAACUGCCGGCCACAUGUAGCAGUGGUUUCUGUGGCCCUGAUAAGAGCUGUGUUGUGUCAACAGAGACGAGGGGCUUGGCGUACAAAUGCAAAGAUUGCCAAGUUAAGCCCCUGGGAAUGGAGUCCCGCGCUAUAAACGACUCGGCAAUAACCGCAUCAAGUAACUACAACGCUUGGACCAGGGCUGAAUACGGUCGUCUCAACAAUAGGGAGGAGGUGUCCAACUCACACCAUGGGAUGUGGAUGGCGUCAAGAAAUCGCGCUGGGGAGUACCUUCAGGUCGACCUUGGACAGGCCGUAAUAGUAACAAAAGUGGCUACGCAAGGACGACCAACAACCGACCGAUGGGUGACAAGCUAUAAGAUAGGUUAUAGCUCUGACCUCACAACCUGGCUUGUGUAUCGCGAUGAUGGACAGGAAAAGGUGUUUUCUGGUAAUUCAGACAGGAACACGAUCGUCUACGGGAUAUUUGAGCCGCCUAUUCUUGCUCGAGGGAUACGCUUCGUGGUGGAAACCUUCGAACAGAUGCCAGCUCUGCGAGUCGAAAUUUUUGGAUGCAAGUAAAUGCUCAAAGGGAGCGCAGCGACCGGAGAGCAAGUCUAAUCUUGGUAUCGCAUAUGAUUUUUCGUGUCCACACCACAGGCUUCCCAGUCGGUUGAUUUGUAUUUUGAUUUCAUGCUGAUCAGCGGUGUUUUUAGCACAUGCGCAAGUUUCAUAUAGUGGAUGCGAUUUUUCGUGUCCACACCACAGCUUCCCAGUCGGUUGAUUUGUAUUUUUAUUUCAUGCAGAUCAGCGGUCUUUUUCGAGAACCCCUGUACUGAAACAUGUUUGUCCCUUCCUUCGAGCAUUCACUUUCUAUUAGAAAUUUCUAGUAGCUGAUUAUAAAUACGGCGGCUUUUAGGGGUCUUUCAAUUUCAAAAGUAGUUGUGACUUGCAAGCCGAAGGGCCCUUAAAUACCCGCUUGUUUUAGCUGUACUCACAUUUCAUAUUUACUUAAUUUCGAAAACGCUGCCAGUGCAAGUGACGAUUGGCGAAAGUUCUAAAAAUGACCGUCUAUUGAAUUAAUUAUUUGCAAGGAUAAAGAUGAUACGUAAACUCGUCCUCAGCUUCUCGCGCUUCGCGCUCGACCCUGUAUCACCGCUUAAUGUAACACUAACGUUUAACGUAACAAAAAUCGCCGCUUAAUGGCUUAAUGUAAUAAAACAGUUAACGCUUAAUGUAACAAAUUUUCAACGCUUAAUGUAAUAACAAUGAAUUUGGAUAGAUUCCGAAAGAACAAUUCGAAAGACAACCAAAUUGGGGUAAGUCGUCUAAGCGUCAAGGGGGUGUAACGGGCGGGGGGGUGUCAUUUAGCUUUGCGUCAUCAAUGACGUCAUACCAAAUGCCAAUAUCAAUAUCUUGAGCUACGGAAGUUGUGGCACGACCAAAUUUAGGCCAAGUUGUCUAGAGGUCAAGGGGGGGGUCCAGAAAAAUGGACACGUGACAUUACGUCAUUGAUUACGUCAUCAUAACUAGGAAAAUCAUAUCUUGAGCUACGAGAGUUGUGACUCGACCAAACUUCCUUGCUUGAUUGUCAUUUAAAACUCAUUUAUACCUGGGCGGAAACCUAACGAUAGUUAUCACGAGAUAUGAGUAUCUUCGUUUUGAUGACGUCAUCAAUGACGUCACACCUCACCUGACUAUUUAUGCACCCCCCCUUGACACCUACAUGACAUUCUCCAAAUGUGGUUGCCCGACGAUGUUUCUAUCCCGAGAUAUGAGUAUUUUCGUUUUAAUGACGUCAUAGAUGACGUCACACCUCACAUGACUGUUUAUGCACCCCUCUUGACAUCUACAUGACAUUCUCCAAUUUUGGUUGUCCGAUGAUGUUUUAAUCAUCCUGUCAAAAUUAAUAAUAAUAUCAUAUCUCGUGUUGACAGUACUAAGUUCUUAGGAGUUAUUAUUCAUGACAACUUCUCUUGGAAACAGCAUAUCCUAACAAUUCGCUCCAAAGUCUCAAAAGUCAUCGGUAUAAUCUCUAAAGCUAGACAAUCUCUUUCUCCAACUGCACUCUUGACUCUAUACAACUCUCUUUUCUUACCUUAUCUUAAUUAUUGUACACUAAUUUGGGGAUCAACUUUUGAUUCUUAUACCAGACCUCUAUUUCUCUUA